UCUGGACCCAAAGCAGGAUAUGGAGAAAGAAAUGCACAUGCAGCCCUCCAACCACCUUGACGGUGGCCCGUCGCCGACUUCGAACAAGGCUCUCUCGACAUUGAAUCUAGCGAUGAGAAUCUCACCCUGUUCUCGACCUCCCGAAAAGAUUACCCCCGAGACGGGAGUCCUCAAGAAAGAUCUUCAGCAACUUGAUGCUCCGCCCAGAAGAUCAACGAGCAAUACACCGACCCAGUCAACAAGAUCAAUUUGAGCACCUGGCGCGCGGCUCCCAGAAUACUUUUAGCGGGCGAGCACUGGCUCCCGCAGCUUCUUGUUUGGGUCCCUUUUGUCUGAAACUAUCCGCUUUCGGAAUUCAACACUUGGUGGACGAGGAUAGGUGGCAUUGUGGUGGAGAAAUAUGAGAGGGGGACACUGGACUGUCUUGUAUGAUUUAGGUUAUUUGGGUUUUUCGUCUUCGUUCGCUCUCUUAUUCCUUUCAUUCUUUCUCUCUUUCUCUUUCCCUUUCCUUUUCUCAUGUAGAGGUAGGUAUUCAUCCCUUUUCCAUCUCAUGGCAAAGUCUAGGUCACUUGAGCAAACACGGCGGUCUCACUAGGAGGAAAACAAGCGGUCGUAACCCAGGAAACGGGAGGAUUGUUUGCUCUUUGUUUCAGCAGCAGAUGGAGACGAGACAGAGGAACAAAACUCCAAGACUUCGGACCAUUUACAAGAC